UGGGGAUUCCUGCUGACUGAGGGGUAAUAACUGUUUCUGAACCUGGUGGUGUGGGUCCUGAGGCUCCUGUACCUCCUGUCUGAUGGUGGCAGAAUUGAGACGAGAGCAUGGCCUGGGUGGUGGGGAUUCCUGCUGACUGAGGGGUAAUAACUGUCCCUGAACCUGAUGGUGUGGAUCCUGAGGCUCCAGUACCUCCUGCCUGAUGGUGGCAGUGAGACGAGAGUGUGUCCUGGGUGGUGGUUCCUGCUAGCUGAGGGGUAAUAACUCUUCCUGAACCUGGUGGUGUGAGUCUUGUACCUUCUUCCCAAUGGCCGCAGUAAGACGAGAGUACGUCCUGGGUAGUGAUUUCUCUUUCUUAUGUUUGUUCUGUAGGUUCUGAGUGAGGCUACAAUGAUCCAGUGGAAUCCAGUGAUCCAGUGGGGACAGAGAGACAGUGGAAUCCAGUGACACAGUGACAAAACUCCAGUGACCCAUAGGCAGAACUGCAUUCAUCUGGAGGUGGGACUACAGUGAAACAGCAGGUCUUUAGGAUGCCAGUGACCCAGUGGAACGCUGAUGAUGUGGUGUUUGCUCUUUAGUGAUCCAGUCGGUCUCCAGUGAUCCUGGUGAUCUAGUGGGACAGACGAACUCUGAGACUCAGUGGGUUUCGAGAGGAGCCCGUGACUUUGUGGCAGAGCUGGGGAGCCCAGUGGCCCGGCAAUGCGGUGUCUGCUGGGCAGGCGCCGGCUCCCCUGGCCCCUGCAUCACCUGCUGCCCCUGGCCCUGGCCCUCGUGCUGCUGCUCCUGAUCACCCUGCUGCAACUGGGGCCCAUCGAGGAGUGGGUGCAGAGCCCAGGCGGGGAGGAAUUCGGAGAAAUGGCCAACCCCGGGGUGCCUCUGCGGCCCGCGGCCGGUACCGGGUGGGCCCCCGGCUCCUUCCAACUGCCCAACCUCGGUGCCUGUACGGGCUCCCGCCCCGUCUUCCUGGUGACCCUGGUGGCGAGCAGCCCCGGGCAUCGGCACCAGCGGCAAGCCAUCCGGGACAGCUGGGGUUCCCUGGCCGAGGCAGCCGGCCGGCGGGUGCGCACCCUGUUCGCCCUGGGUCUGCCCGCAACGCCGCGGGAGGCGCGGCUCCUGGAGGCGGAGGCUCAGCGACACGGCGACCUGGUGCAGGGCCUCUUCACCGAUACCUACCUGAACCUGACACUGAAGACGCUGAUGGUGCUGGACUGGGUCCGGGAGCACUGCCCCGACGCCCGCUUCGUGCUCAAGGCGGACGACGACGUCUUUGUCAACGUGCGGGCGCUGGUGACCCACCUGGCGGCCCUGAGCCCGCCCGAGUCCGAGCCCGAAGGGCACCCGAGGUCCCGGAGCGUGGCCGAGCCCGACCUCUACCUGGGCCGCAUCCACGCCAGCGUGCGGGUGGAGCGGGACCCCGACAGCCCCUACUACGUGCCUGAGGCCGCCUACCCGGCGCCCACCUAUCCCCGCUACUGCAGCGGCACUGCCUACGUGCUGUCCCGCGGUGCCGCCGCCAAGGUGCUGGCCGCCGCCCACCGCCUGCCCCUCGUCCGGGUGGAGGACGCGUUUAUCGGCAUGUGCGCCCGGGCUGCCGGCCUCAGCCCCACGCCCUCAGCCCGCAUGGCGGGCGCGCAGCGCCUGUACCCCCACCGCUGCUGCCUCCGCCGCGCCUUCUCCUCCCACCACGUCAGCCCGGCCGAGCUGUCAGCCCUCUGGCUGCAGGUGGAAGAGGGCGGCGAGUGCGGAACCCUGCAGGGACUGGCGGCCCGGCUCAUCUGCAACUCGGUCAGCCUGCUGGAUCAACUGCGGUACCACUGGGCUGGUGCCAGGUAGUGCCAGGGGUCUGGUGCCCAGCGCCUGGUAGUGGGACCGGCUCCACGUGGUUCCAGGACUCCGCAUGGUGCCGGUGUUUCCGGGGACUGGAGCCAGUUAGUGCCGAGGAUCUGGGCCCAGUGCCAAAUGCGCUGAGGAGCUGAGAUGGGGGGGGGGGGGCGGUGUUAACUGGGGAUUGGGACUGGUGGUCCGGAUACCACCUGUACUGAUAAACCUGACCCGUUGAAUCCCUGACUUUGUCUGCCUUCAUUUCCACGCGUUGCGGCUGGGGAAUGGGGGGGGGGGGAGAGAUGACGCGCAGCUUGUCACCCCUUCCCCCAGGAGCAGAGUUAGGCUGAUCGGAGGGAGUCACAGAGCGGCCAGCGACGGUGGGGUCCCGGAGACGGUCGGGUUGGGAAGUAAGACAUAGGAACGGUAUUAGGCGAGAAUCAGGAUUGAGCUGCGUCCACUAGCAGGCCAGGGGAAUGUUUAGCAUGUGAGGGGGAACUUGGGAGAUGGCAUGGGGUGACCAGGUCUGUGUGAGAGAGAGAGAGAGAGAGAGAGUGUGUGUGUGGUCAUAGUGGGAACUUACCGAAGGAAUUGAAUCAGAAUCAAGUUUAUUAUCACUGGCAUGUGACGUGAAAUUUGUUAACUUAGCAGGAGCAGUUCAAUGCAAUACAUAAUCUAGCAGAGAGAAAAAAAUAAAAAUAAUAAUUAA